AUGGAUGCCGUUGUUGAUGUUGCCGAUGCUAUGGGCGCUGUGACUAUAGAUAACGGGGCGAAGCUGGAGUUGCCUGACAGUGUAGAGGAGCGCGGCGAAGAGCAUGAUGCGCAGGCCAACAGAGACCAUUCAGGGGAGAGUGAGGUGAUCAACCCGCACGAAGAGGCAGGUGGAGAAGCCACCUCACAGCCAGAAGGGAGGAAGAUCGGCCGUUCCAAGGGAGCUGCAAGUCAUGGUCCUAAGGUUGCAAAGACAAGGAGCCCAAAGAGUGGAGAUGAAGGUCUAGCAAGGAGAAGCACCCCUAGUUCCUCUCUUCGUAAGGCACCCAUUGCGCGAGUAUCACAUGCAGACUCAGGCACUGGCUCUUGUACCAAUGGUGAUCCGAGUGUCGAUAAGAAAGUCUCAAAUACUUUGUUUGGUAAUGGUAAUCAGAAAUCUGGAAAGAUCGAGUCUCGUCCGUCUGCCAAGGAGACAUCAUUGCUCGAGGACGCAAAAUCCAGGGAGGGAAGUAAAGCUCAAAAGCAAUCAGACCAGCAUUCUUCCAUCAGAAGAGAUGAAGAAGAUUUAAAUAGUGAAAGUUCAAAAGCUCGAAGGGCUGGCAGCACUCCUGCCUAUGGAUUCAGUUUCAAGUGUGAUGAGAGAGCUGAAAAAAGAAGAGAGUUCUACUCAAAGCUUGAGGAGAAGAUUCACGCAAGAGAGAUGGAAAUAAGCAAUAUGCAAGCUAAAUCGAAGGAGACUGAAGAAGCUGAACUCAAAAUGCUGAGAAAAAGCUUAAAGUUCAAGGCAACGCCGAUGCCAAGCUUCUCCCCACCACCAAAGGUUGAACUGAAAAAGAUUCCUCCCACUAGAGCUAAAUCACCAAAGCUUGGCCGUUCCAAGAACAAAUCUGGGCUGGAGGCUGAAGAAAGUACCACCCCAAGCCAUCCUAUCCGUGUGAGCCUUGAUGAGAAGGCUACUCAAAAUGGUGCGAAGAAAGUAACCCCAUCAAACUCAGUGAAGAAGCCCCAGAGGAAGUCACUCCCGAAAUUGCCAUCAGAGGCAAGCGGCCCACUUGAGGCCACACAGCCAAAAAGCAUGGAGGACCUAAACACAGAUAAUCAUCAGGAGUCAGGGUCGCCAGCAAAGCAGCUUCAGGAAACCGAGUCGAUCGCCAGCAACGCCCAGGAGCCGAUCCGAGCUAAAGUUACCCCCGACGACCAAGAACUCGACGAACAGGCAUCCGUGUAG